UUGUGGGUCUUCCCGUGGAUUCUUGCUACUUCAACAAAAUAUACUAUGCUGGGUUCUCUAAAUUCUUCUUCUCAUGACCAAGAAAAAGAGGAAGCCUUAGAUCUGCGGUACCAGCAGAUUCCACAGGCCCCAUCUGUAGCACCCAGAGGUACUACUUCUGGGUUCACUUCAUCAGCAAUCCAUAUGCGUCAAUUGCUCAACACCUGUGCAGAGCGCAUCUCUCAGUCUGACUUCUCCGCCGCCCAACGCCUCAUCUCUGUUUUGUCUGCUAGCUCUUCCCCUUACGGUGACUCUAGGGAGAGGUUGGUUCACCAGUUUGUUAAAGCACUUUCUCUCCGCCUCAGUCCCCAUGGAGCUGCCAUGGGCAGUGUCUUGAUGAAUAUUACAAAUCCUCCUUCUGGUGGCGGUGGCGGUGGCGGUGGCGUUACUGGUGUUGCCAGCAGUGCCAUUAAUGUGGGUUCCUUGAUUGCUGGAGAAUCCGAGGAGGCUCUUCAAUCUUGCUAUCUUUCCCUAAACCAAAUAACCCCAUUUAUAAGGUUCAGCCAUUUAACUGCAAAUCAGGCGAUCUUGGAAGCUAUAGAAGUAGGGCAACAAGCCAUUCACAUCAUAGACUUUGAUAUUAUGCAUGGAGUGCAAUGGCCUGCAUUGAUGCAGGCUUUAGCUGAGCGUUCCAGCAACACCCUUUACCCUCCUCCCAUGCUCCGAAUCACCGGAACUGGCCAUGAUUUGAACAUUCUACACAGGACUGGAGACCGUCUUUUCAAGUUUGCUCAGUCACUAGGCCUCAAAUUCCAAUUCCAUCCCCUUCUCCUCCUCAACAAUGAUCAUUCUUCCCUUCCCUCAGCCAUUACCCUUCUGCCAGAUGAAGCCCUUGCGGUAAAUUGCGUCCUCUAUCUGCACAGGCUCUUGAAGGACGACUCUCGCAACCUUCGCAUCUUUCUCCACAGAAUCAAGGCCUUGAACCCCAAGGUGGUUACCAUAGCAGAAAGGGAAGCUAACCACAACCACCCUUUCUUCAUACAGAGAUUCUUGGAGGCUUUGGAUCACUACACUGCUCUCUUCGAUUCCUUGGAGGCAACCCUACCUCCCAAUAGCAGGGAGAGGCUUGCCGUAGAGCAGAUAUGGUUUGGAAGAGAAAUCAUGGACAUAGUGGCAGCAGAGGGAGAAGACAGAAGAGAAAGGCAUGAAAGAUUCGAAUCAUGGGAAAUGAUGCUAAGGAGUGUAGGCUUCACUAAUGUUCCCUUGAGCCCUUUUGCACUCUCGCAGGCCAAGCUCCUCCUGAGGCUUCAUUAUCCUUCUGAAGGUUACGACCUGCAGAUUCUCAACAAUUCUUUCUUCUUAGGUUGGCAGAAUCGUGCUCUUUUCUCAGUCUCUUCCUGGCACUAAUCAUUACCCAAUAACCAUUAAGAACUCAGAGCUAAUUAAAUCCCAACCACUAUCAAUCCCCACAAGAAGAAAAGAGAAGAAGCUAGCUAGCGAAUAUAUAAUUUAAUGGAGUAAAAUCUUUCCUUUCUGCUCUUACAGAUUUGCUUUAUCAUUAGAGUUUGGAGUUUUAUAAUUUCUAUAGCUAUGACCCACAACCAGCAGUACUUCCAUUAUUAACUUGGAAAAAAAAAAAAAAAUCCAUCCCUUCCAAUAUAGAAACCACUUUUUCUCAGCCUACGUUGAUAUUAAACGAGAGCCUGGUGCGGUGUGGUGAUGAUGGUUAGUGUAGUGUGUGCAUGCAUUGGCAUCCAAGCUCUGGCCAUCUGAAUUAAUCUGAAACAGACGUUGCAUGAAUGAUUUUUGGAAGGAAUCAACAAGCAGCUUCAGCCAUAGCUACACUACACGACACAAACCUUUGUAUGAUGGGUUAAUUUCUUGAUCCAUCUCGGGGAGCUG